GUCGGGGGCUGCCAGCUCUUUCCCCGCCCCAUCCCCCCACUCCCCCAAAGGAAUUGGGUGUGUCUCCACCAACGCCGCCACUCAGCUGCUACUGUCUAUUUGGAAUCAGUCAGAGCAGAGUGCCUCUUUCCCAAGCCAGCCACUCUUCCUUGCUCUUUCUUUACCCUCCGGGGACUACCAUGCCCCGUUCCACUUUGCCCGAGCUCCUGCUGCUUUCGCUGCUCCUAUGCCACUGGUCCCAUCGUUUGACAGGGGCAGACGACAGCACUAGCACCAAUGAGUGCGGCCAGUGCAUCCCCGAGAGCUGUGAGCCGGUGCGAUGCAAGGCUCGGGAGCUCUCGGUACGGGACGACUGUGGAUGCUGUGAGCAGUGCUUGGGCACCGAGGGCGAGCUGUGCGGGGGCAGAGGUAGCGUGGGCAGGAGGCGCCAAGCCCGCUGCGGCCCGGGACUAGUCUGCGUGAGCCAGUCUCGGGAAGUGCUGGGAGCUGCCGCGUCCCAGGAGCAGCUCCCCGAGGAGUUGGAGGGCACGGGGCUGUGUGUGUGCAAGGAGGACGGCGCCGUGUGCGGCUCGGACGGGCGUUCCUACCAGAGCGUGUGCGCCCUACACCUGCACAGCUGGAUCUCGGUCAGGGCUGGCCAUGAGCGCGUCCACAAAGCUCACGAUGGCGAAUGCAAGUUGGCUCCUGUGAUUGUUAUGCCACCUAAAAAGAUUCACAAUGUAACCGGGGCCCAAGUCUACCUGUCCUGUGAAGUGAAGGCUGUUCCAACACCAGUCAUUACCUGGAGGAAGAUCACAGAAUCUCCCAAAGGGGUCAAGUUGUUGGAGGAGUUGCCUGGAGACCGAGUUAAUAUGGCUGUCCAGGUUCGUGGUGGUCCAUCCAAACAUGAAAGUACAGGUUGGGUUUUAAUAAACCCCCUGACAAAGGAGGAUGAAGGGGUGUACCAGUGCCAUGCCACUAACAUGGUGGGGGAGACCCAAUCCUAUGGUACAAUAAAGGUCACAGAUCUGAAUAAAUACAAAAAAAUGAAUUUCAUAGCGCCAGAUGAUGACAUGUAAUGAGGAUGCCAGGGAAGCUGAUCGAAAAACGGAGAAGAAUCAAUUAGUGGAUUGUUUUGUUUUAUUGUGCAGCAUGAGCUAGAAAACACUGACCCAUUUUUAUGUGCUUUUCAAUUUAGAUUAAAAACUAGAACAAAAAAGAUACAGAUGUAAUUUUUAGCUGGGAAGUAAUGAACAAGGAAAACAAAUCAAAACAAAAUCACAGGCAGCUUUUGAGAAAUGACUUUCUGUAUAUAACUUGUGGUUUUUUUUUUUUUUUUUAAGCUGAUGUCUCCCAAGGGAAAUCUCUCCCUUGUGUACAUGUACGCUUAGAAGUGGAAGUAUUCACACUCCUGCUUCUUAAUUUAUUCCAACUGCAUAAUGAUUGUUUAGAUGAUGUGUCCUUACCUCUCAGGUGACCUUGUAAGAGGGAAAAUUUCUUUUUAAAAAUUAUACUGCCUCAGGGGAUAAAGUAUUGAAUAAUAAAAGGUCCCCUUAUUGUUUUGCAUUCUACUUUGAAGCAUAUAAUAUUCUAUCAACUGAUAGUUAAUGAAACUUACAAGGUACUUGCCACAGGUUCACGUUAGGCAAUCAAGAUGCUAAUUUUUUGUAACACAGUUUCUAUCUGGGGAGAAUACCUAUACAUUAUUUGGUGAACAUUGUGUUAGAAUUACAAUGUCAAAUGCUAACUGCAUCUAGUUGGAUAUGAAAAUAGAAAUGUUGUAAUAGUAUAGAUUUUACUUUUGAAUAUUUCUACUUUGUCAAUGAAUAUAGUGGGAUUUCUUUUUUUUAAAUAUUGCAGAUCUGAGCUAUAUAAUACGAUCCUGGAUGUCUAAAUCUCUUAUUGUUCUAGUCAUGUCUGACUCUUUGUGAUUUUAUGGCGUUGUCCAUGGGGUUUUCUUGGCAAAGAAACUGAGGCAAAUGAGGGUCACACAGCUAUUAAGUGUCUGAGAUUGGAUUUGAACUCUUCUUUCUGAUUCCAAGCCCAGUGUCACCUAGCUGCCCAUCUAAAACUCUAAAGACUCAUAACACUUUCACUUAGAUCUAUGAUGUCAGCAGCACAAAUAUUUUUAUCCCCAUUUUAUAGAUGGGAAAGCUGAGGCUCAGCAUGAGAAAAUGAAUUGCAGCUAGUAGGUGUCAUAGAGAGGAUUUUAAACUCUGGUCUCUGGACUCUCAAAUAUGGCACUCCUCCCUGAUAGAAAAUAUCUUAUUCUCCUGGUUAAAGUUAAAUAAACUACAUUUCAAACUUUGGAGAUUGUUUUUAGGCCAAAUUCGAUAUUUUGAAACCAAAUUCUAAUCUGGGACAAAUCAUAGUAGACUAAGGUCAUGGAUAUUACUUUUCUUUGUAAUGAAUUUUAUGAGUACAUUCUGAUUAAGGACCUUCUGCAGAAAGAGUCACCAGUGCUUUCUAGGUGACUCCUGUCACUGCAUCACUGCAGCAGCAUCUGACAGCACUGUGGUCUACCACCUUGACCCUGUGAGGUAGGACAAUUAGCUCCUCAUCUGUCUUCUGGAGGCAGGACUGGUCACUUAACUCCAUCUUCAAUAACACAUUUGAAGCCUUGAUUGAAGAUACAGAGUAGACCACAAAAUCUUCCAGUCAUCGAUUUGGUGGGGGCUGAGGAUUGGAAAGGGCAAUAUCAGCAUCUUUUUUUAUAUGCAAAAAUUCAGUUAAUGCUAUCAGGUCUUAGUCUUCAAGAUCAAAACUAUUUUUCAGUCAUUUUGAUAAUACUGGAAGCUCCAACUGCUUUUUGUCUUUCUGAAGGAUAUCUGUAGCCAUUUCUGGAAUUUUCACAUCCCAAAAAUGUAGUAAUUUUUUUAGAUAUCUUUGUCUUCCCUCAUGCUUACACUGUGACACCCUGAAAAUUUCCUCAACUGAGGAGUCUAAAGCCAAGAUUUUGUGAUGUGUUUGCUGUUGCGAUUUGGGGGGGGGACUGUUUUCUAAUCCUGAAUUUUUACUAGUUUAUUUUCAUAAGAUACUGUGAUGUCACAUAGUUCUGUACAUUGAAAAUAAACUAUUUUGAAGUUG